AAAAGGAAAAGUAACUGCCUAACUGUCGUCAGUAUCCAGCAAGUGGUUUAAUUGAGAAUUUGGACUUUGGCCUCAUCCUCUUUGCCAUCUUUGAUUCUCAGUAUAAUCCUCCAAAACCCAUCUUCUUCUUUUUUUCUUUUUCUGUUUUCAAUCUUCACUCCCCAUACUAUUCAUUCAUUUCUUUCUAAAAAAAGGAAAGAUGGGUUCUAUCUUUUUUUGCUUUCAUCCAUUAAUCCAUACUUCUAAUUUUAAUUCCUCAAAGACCCUUGUUUUCUUUAGUUCCACUUUAAGUUCAAAUCCAAAGAACCUUUCUUUCUUCAACUGCAAAUCAAGAACUCAGUUAGUUUGUUCUUCUACAUCUAAGGAUGGUCCUGAUUCUGUUCAAUCUUCUGGUGAUAAUAAUUAUCCAAGUAAUUUCUGCAUCAUUGAAGGACCAGAGACCGUUCAAGAUUUUGGUAAGAUGCAGUUUCAAGAAAUCCAAGAUAACAUAAGGAGCAGGCGCAAUAAAAUCUUCCUCCUCAUGGAAGAAGUACGCAGGCUAAGAAUACAACAAAGGUUAAAGACAUCAAACACUAGACGUGAGACUGGUGAAGAUGAAAAUGAGAUGCCAGAUAUCCCCUCGACAAUACCGUUUAUUCCUAACAUGACUCCAAAGACGCUGAAGCAGCUUUAUCUAACAAGCUUUUCAUUCAUAGCUGGGAUUAUGGUCUUCGGUGGAUUACUUGCCCCAAUACUUGAGCUGAGAUUAGGUAUAGGAGGCACCUCAUAUGAAGAUUUUAUACGAAACUUGCAUUUGCCUAUGCAAUUGAGCCAGGUAGACCCCAUAGUAGCAUCUUUUUCAGGUGGGGCAGUGGGAGUCAUUUCAGCGCUCAUGCUAAUAGAAGCUAACAAUGUAGUCCAACAAGAGAAGAAACUGUGCAAAUAUUGCCAUGGAAGUGGAUACUUGGCAUGCGCACGCUGUUCAGCUAGCGGUAAAUGCCUUUAUACCGAACCUAUUUCAGUGAAUGGUUCUUAUCAACCGUUGCGUGCACCAUCUCUUAAAAGAUGUGCAAAUUGCUCUGGGACAGGAAAGGUGAUGUGCCCUACAUGUCUGUGCACUGGGAUGGUGAUGGCAAGUGAACAUGACCUUCGUAUAGAUCCAUUUGAUUAGGACAUACAACCCCUUAACAUAUAUAGCCACUUUUCAUUUUGUAACUUACAUUCAGAAAACCUUUGCUUCAUUUUCUAUUUUUUUAUUUCAUUUUUUCCUUUGUUAUAAAUCAUAGUUGAUAUAAAACACCCUAGUUAAAGCCAGGCCUUUGGUAAUAAAGAUGAUAACUUCUCAUCUUUUUAUGAGUAA